UCCUCCCGCAAAAUGUGAGCUGAAUCGACAGAAUAUUUCAUACUUUGUAGAGUCGUAAUGUUAUCAUUUGAAAGUACCUUUUUGUAUCACUUUGGGUAUUGACUUUUAUUUAAAUAGAGGAAAAAUUGUUGUGGUUUUUGAAAAGUACGAAAGAAUUCAAUGUAAGAAGGAAAUGGAAAGUGUAACAUUAUGUAUUCCAUGUGGGCAGAACCUUUGCAUUGAGUGUAGCCUAUGUAAUGUGUUGGAGAAAAUAUAGAGUAAACCAGUGUUGAGAAGUUAAACUCAUACUUACUCACAUAUACUGGAUUGAAAUUGCAUGGAAAUCGAAAAAUUUCAGAUAUGCAUGCAUUACUACUUUAUUUCUUGAAAUUUUACUAAAAUUAGAAACCUGUUUUUUUUAUGGUCUAUACUCUUACUUUCUAUACAAUACAGUGGUAAAAUGGCUUCUCAAAUUGAAGAUUUUAUUUGCAAAGAGUUACCUAGGCCUCAGCCACCAUGUUUUAAACCAAGGCCCAUCGAUGAAAACAAUCCAUCUUGUGAUGGUUCAAUGCAGUUUAGCAUUUCAUCAUUUCCAAAGGAAGCUAUGGAGGUUAUGUACAUGAUGAAAUUUCAUAGGAAGCUCUGCGAUGUAGAAAUUCGAGUAGCUAAUGAAAUAUUCCAUGCCCAUAAAAUAGUGCUUGCUGCAGCCAGUCCCUACUUCAAAGCCAUGUUCACAAGUGGUCUGAAAGAAUCUGAGAUGUCCGUCAUCAACAUCCAGGGAGUCUGCCCAAAUAGCAUGGCUGUUAUCAUCCGAUUUGCUUACACUGGAGAAAUCAAAGUUGAAGAAAUGACUGUUUGUAAUUUGCUCCCAGCAGCCACUAUGUUCCAGAUGAAUCACAUUAUUGAAGCUUGCUGUAAUUUCCUCGAGGGCCAGCUAGACCCAACAAACUGUAUUGGGAUAGCAGAUUUUGCUCUUCAGCAUGGUUGUACUAGUUUAUAUCAAAGAGCUAAUCAAUUCAUGGAUCAACACUUUUCGCAGGUAUCACAAGGAGAAGAAUUUCUGGCUCUUUCAGCUUGUCAGCUAGUUCAGCUCAUCAAACGGGAUGAUUUAAAUGUUCGAUGUGAAUCUGAAGUCUUUAAUGCUGUUCUGAGAUGGGUUAAGCACGAUGAAGAACGUAGAAGACCCAAAACGGCAGACAUUUUGUAUGCAGUUAGGUGCCAUUUCCUCACUCCUCGUUUCUUGAAAGAACAAAUUCAAGAGUGUGACCUUGUGAAAAACCUUCCUCAGUGCUGUGAAUACCUCAGUCGUAUCAUUCAGGAUCUCACAGUUUGUCGUAAGUACAAUUGUCACCAGAGGACGCCAAAGGUUCCCUGUGUCAUCUACACAGCUGGGGGCUACUUGCAACAAUCAUUGAGCAAUAUGGAGUGUUACAAUGCUCAUGAGCAGCAGUGGUUCUCAUUGGCUGACUUGCCAAGUCCCCGAAGCGGUAUUGGAGGUGCAUUUGUGGACGGAAAGUUUUAUGCAGUAGGAGGAAGGAACAACUCUCCUGAUGGAAAUCACGACUCUGAGGCUGCUGAUUGUUUUGACCCAAUUACUAACACAUGGAAACCAGCUAGGCCGAUGAACGUGGCUCGGAAUCGCGUGGGAGUCGCUGUAUUAGAUGGAAUGUUGUAUGCAGUUGGUGGAUCCCAAGGAACCAUACAUCAUAAUUCAGUAGAGAGGUAUGAUCCUGUUGAAGAUAAAUGGAGUUUUGUUAGUUCCAUGAUUACAGCUCGCAUUGGAGUUGGUGUUGCUGUGGUAAAACGAUUACUGUAUGCCGUAGGGGGUUAUGAUGGACAUGCCCGACUCAAUACUGUUGAAUGUUAUAAUCCUGAGACAGAUGAAUGGACGAUGGUUGCCAGCAUGAACACGACAAGGAGUGGGGCAGGUGUGGUAGCUUUGAACAACUACAUAUAUGCUGUUGGUGGAUACGAUGGAACCUCCCAAUUGAGGAGUGUAGAACGUUACAAUACAGAAACUAAUGAGUGGGAAUGUUCUUCUUCCAUGAAAUCUCCACGGAGUGCCUUAAGUGCAGCUGUACUUGAUGGGAAAAUAUAUGCACUAGGAGGAUAUGAUGGUUUAAAUUUCCUGGCAACGAUGGAGGUUUAUGAUCCUCAAAAAGAUGAGUGGGCAGAUGCUGCUUCAAUGUCAUGUGGACGGAGUGGACAUGCAUCUGCUGUCUGUAGAGCUCCUUGUCUCGCACACGGUGUAGGGAUUUCGUAAAGGUGAAAUAGACAGUAUACACAGAUUUACUUUGCUGGAAUCCGAGCUGCUAAAGAGCAUAUUAACCUUUUAAUUUUUUUUCUUGGGGGGGGGGGGGGGUGUUAAGUUGAAAGAAACAUCUGGUUUAUUACAUUGUUUUUGCAAAAAAUAUCUUGCUUAUUAUUAUUUAAAAAAAUUAAGUUACACUUAAAAAUACUUAAUACAAAAUAAUGUGUGUCCAUUUUCAAUGAAGUUUAUUUGUACUCUUGCAAGAUAAAUAAUGAAAAAUUUUAUACCUUAAUUAACACAAAAUAUUUUCCUUUUGGUUAAAGAAAAUUUUCUUUAUUGCAAAACAUUUAUAAAUAUGUCAUUAGGCUGUUGUAAAAACCCUUAUUACCUUUUAUCAUGUUUUUUUUGGGGGGGAAGUGAUUUUGUACACACAAACUAAACAAAAGUUUCUGUUGGUAAAAAGAGUACUUGUGUAAAUGAUAAUAAAAUAUUAAUAGUUGUACAUAAUAUGUAGCUGUUCUAUUUAGACUGUUUUUAUUUGUGUGCAUUUUUUUUGUACAUACAGAGUUUGAUCUAAACAGAUCAAAGAAGUAUGCUAUUCUUUCCAAGUUUCCAUUCAUUUCAUUACUUAGCUGGAUUUCUUUCUUUCUAUAAUAUCUGUCAUAAAAUGUGUACAUGUUUGUAUAUAUAUAUAUAUAGAGAGAGAGAUAGAUAGCCCUAUAAAUUUCCAGGAAGUAACAACUUUAAGGGUUCUGUGUAUCUUUUUUUGUUAACAUUUUCACAUCAUAAAUCAUUGCUUCCUAACUGUGUAAUAAUAUGCUACAGUACUUGUGGUUAAUAUUGAAUUUGAGAGGGGGUAACAUGUUGUGUUGCUUUCAAUUUGUAUGCGCAAUUUUUGCUGUAAAACAAAAUAUUCAUUACUUUCACUUACAAGUGAUGUUGAAGAGGUAACGGGAAUAGCUUCUUCACUGUAUUGAUCUGCAUAAAAUUUCGUAAAUAUUGUAUUUUGAGGUUAUGAAUAAAUUAGAAUAAAAGUAAUGGAAAAUACUUCAUUUGAACAAAUUUUAAGAUCUUGUUAUGUAACCCAAGGCAACAGUAACUAAGGAAGGAAGAAAGAUACCUUUUGUUGAAUUACUGUACCUUAGGGAUCAGUUUUCAGAAGGUUAUUUAUGCUUAAUCGAAAAGUUUUCAUCCAGUGUAAGGUCAUUUAAUAUAACUAUUGCUGAUACUUUUUUUAGGAUAUUUAUUAAAUUUCAACAGGGCUUUAAGAUGUGGACAAGUGCUUAUUUAAAGAGGGAGCUUUCCAGUAAGUAUAGGGUUGUUAUGUGUUAGUUUCCUCCCAUGAAUUCACCUUCAGCUCCAAUUAUGCUGCAUUAGUGGUUGUCAUGAGGGUCAGUGUUAAAAGUAAUCAUCUUUUUUAUAUUAUAAGAAAGAGAAAAACCCAUUUUCAAAAUGUGUCCAAAACAAUUUUAAUUUUUAGUUUCUUUUGGCCACCAGCAUUAUUUCAGUCUCAUAAGAACCUGUUUACUUGACUUUUCAAAUUUUAGAUAUGGGAAAAAUCUAGAAAGAGUUGGUCUGUAUUUUCUUUUAACUACUUUCACCUAAAGAGGAGUAUGUCAUUCUUUUUUUUAAAGGUAGUUUAAGCAACAUUAUAUAACGUAUUCAUGUUCGAUCAGGUCAAAUAAACUUGUGCCAACAGGUCCCUACAGAAAAUAAGGGGUCUGAAACAUGAAGGUCUGGGAAAGAGAAAAUAAUUUCAUUCUGCUUGAUUGGAAGGGAGUAUUAUGUCAUGUAGAGUAAACCUGACUCACAAAGAAAGCACACUUCAUUUCUCCCAGCUGGAAAAAGCACUGUAUUUACAGAACUUUCAAUCUACAUUAAGCUGACUCAACCACGUUUUCAUUAUUCUUUUAACUUUUCACAAGCUACUGAAUCAAAUAGUACAUUUUUUUUAACUAAGUUAUUUCCCUGCUGCAGUGAUGGGGGAAAAAAAAUAUUCAGUGGCCUGUGAUAACAUCAUCAACAAUACAAUAAAAACACAACUGGAAAUACAAAGUAAAGAAUAAAUAUGUUACUUAGGGAAAAACACAACAGUAAAAAUAAACUGUACGGAAUCCCUCGAAAGAAAAAUAUUGAAACCGCUCUACAUUAACAAUAUUACCUCAUGUAAUCUGUCAAAACACA